UCGCGUUUGCACCUUGGCGCGCUCGGAGCCUCGAACGCCCGGGCCAUGGCGCUCGGGAUAUGUCGCGCGGUUCUCAUCACCGGCUGCAGUCGCGGCAUCGGCCUGGGCCUGGUGCGGGGGCUGCUGGCUCGGAGCCCCGCUCCGGACCUGGUCAUCGCCACCUGCCGCAACCCGGACCAAGCGCAGGAACUCCAGCAGCUGAAAGAGCAGCAUCAGAGUCUCCGCGUCCUGCAGUUGGACAUCGUGUGUGAAGACAGCAUCAAGAAGGUGGUCCGGGAAACGGAGGCCCUGGUAGGGGAGAAGGGUCUCAACUGCCUCAUCAACAAUGCGGGCAUCAAUAGGAUCGCUACCCUGGACAGCGUCACGGCCCAGGACAUGCUGACCAUCUAUGAGACCAACACGGUGGCCCAGCUCAUGGUCAGCAAGGCAUUUCUCCCCCUCUUGAGGAAAGCUGCCUGCCAGGAUGCCAUCAUGGGCAUUCACCGGGCAGCGAUCAUCAACGUGUCAUCCCGAAGUGCCUCGAUGCAGCUCUUCUUUCAGAACAAGAAGUCCGAGGAAGUGUAUCCCUACCGGAUAGCCAAGACGGCCCUCAAUAUGAUCACCUGCUGCCUAGCAGCUGACCUGAUGUCAGAUGGGAUCCUCUGCAUCUCCCUGGAGCCGGGCUGGGUCAAGACGGACAUGGGGGGAAGCAAGGCCCCGCUUCAGCUAAAGGAGACCAUCCCCGGGAUCCUCAACGUCUUGGCCAAUCUCAGGGAAAAGGACCACGGGGCCUUCCUGGACUGGAAAGGAGAGGCGCUGCCCUGGUAGGGCCGGCGGCCCUGCUACUCCCCCAGCCCCAACCACCCCCCCUCCCCUCCCCCCCCAUGCCGCAAAGCCGCGGAGCAUCC